AAGGUUUUGACAAAUACAGUUUUGUGCUUAGAGUGAUCGGCCGAACGAAAUUAUUAUUAAGUUUAAAGUGUAUUUCGUGAUUAAGUGUAAAGUUGGAAAUUAUUCCGUUUAAUUUUUAAGAUUAUUUUAAAAAAUGGCCUUCUCGAUGUUCCUUCGCACCCCUGCCUGUGCUGGCCGACUACUAUCCCAACAAGUGAUGAAGCUGGGCACACAAGCUUCGCUAAAACCUGUUCAGACACAAAGAACGCUCGUUGCUGUCAACACACUCAAGAAUACUCUCUUGAAGUCUGAAACAACGCCUAUAUUGAAUGCAGUCCGGUCAUUCCGUACAUCAGCUGUGAAGAUGGCAGCCGCCAAAAGCGAUGACCACUCAAAGCUGUGGGUGAUAGAGAGGAUAACAUCGGCAAUCCUUAUCCCACUCGUCCCGUUAGCUCUGCUUGUGCCCAACAAGCUGUUUGAUUCCCUGCUGGCCAUUAUUGUUGUGGCCCACAGUUUCUGGGGCUUAGAGGCGAUCGCAGUGGACUAUGUUAGAGCUUCUCUGUUCGGGCCUCUCAUUCCUAAGCUAGCCAUCGGCCUGGUUUAUCUCAUAUCAAUCGCGACCCUCGGAGGUCUUUUCUACAUCAUCACCCACGACAUAGGUAUCGCCAACUCCAUCAGACAAUUCUGGUCGGUCAAGUCUGGACAGAAAGCGUAAUUCCCUCUACUGGCAACACUAAAUCGAAUUCUGUUUAAAUUAUUCUAGAUUAGUAAGUUAGUCAAAUGGACGAGCCGACAAUAAUUUUGUUUUUGUUGUAAAUAUUUGUGAUUACCGUAUCCUGUUAUAGCCUAAAGGUUUUGUUAUAUUGAUUCUCAUACUUUCUCUUUUUUUUUCCUUUUGAAGGAUUUAAAUCUAUUUUUUUUUUGGUACUUAAUGCGUAGUAUAUGCACUUGUUGGCGGUGAAAUUCUAAGUAUUAAAUUUUUUCUUUGUAAUUAUAUCAAUGAAAUCGUAAAUGGAAUAUAAAUUGUCACAACUUAUUUUUUGUUCAUUUUCUAGUUUCAUGACGAAAUGACUUCAUUAUUACAUAAGAAAUCAGAACUCUUUGUUACUUAACAAAAUACAGACCAUUUAGUUUCAA